AAAGAUGGAGAUAUAACGUUGGGUGGAAUUUUUGGCAUGCAUUAAAAAAAAGACAUCGUUAACUUCAGUUUCACAGACUAGUUCCAUCACCUUCUCUGCAGCUUUCUGUUCAGACAUUUCCGUUUUGCUCUGGCGAUGGUUUUUGCAAUUGAGGAAAUAAAUAACGAUACGGCUCUACUACCCGGUGUCACUCUGGGAUACCGCAUUUACGAUUCUUGUAAUUUGCCCCAGUUAUCGCUAAAAGCAGCUAUGGCGUUUCUCAACAAACCCGAGGAAAGCACAUCCUCUGCUAACUGUAAAAACUCCUCCAUUGUUUCAGCGAUUGUUGCUGAUUCUGGAUCCACGAGGUCUUUAGCAAUAGCACCUUCCAUUGGUACUUUCAGGAUCCCAAUGGUUAGCUACUUUUCUACCUGUGCCUGCCUGAGCAAUAGAAAAGAAUAUCCAUCAUUUUUUCGAACAAUACCGAGUGAUUACUAUCAGGCUAAAGCAUUAGCACAGCUCGUGAAACAUUUCGGAUGGACCUGGAUUGGGACAGUUAAGAGCGAUGAUGAUUAUGGAAACUUUGGAAUGCAGGCAUUUGAAGAGGCAGUCCAACAAGUAGGCGUUUGUGUAGCCUUCUCAGAGUCGCUUCACAUAACAUACACUCGAGAGAAGUUACUGAAAACAAUUGACACCAUAAAAACAUCGUCUACAAAAGUUAUCAUUGCGUUUGUGAGUGAACUAAACAUGCGCACUCUGCUAAAAGAAAUGAUUAGACAAAACGUCAGCGGCAUACAAUGGAUUGGAAGCGAAUCAUGGGUUUCCACGUUGCUUCUUCCUCCGGAGGAAAGUAAAAAGAUUGGUUCUGGUGCAAUUGGGGUUGCAAUUCCCAAAGUCCGCAUACCAGGGUUAAGGGAGUUCCUGAUGAAUGUUCAUCCAUCCUCAUAUCCAGGAAACUUCUUGGUGAAAAAGUUUUGGAAAAGUUGUUUCGGCUGCACUCUAAGUGGUGGAAACAAAACAGAUACUCGAAAAACUGAUUCAGACCUUAAGGAAUGCACGGGGAGAGAAAAUUUUAAGAACAUCCAAAAUGAAUUUACAGAUGUGUUGCAGUACAGAGUCACUUACAACGUGUACAAAGCAACUUAUGCGAUAGCUUAUGCGCUUCACAACAUGGUGUCAUGCAAAAAUGGGCAAGGACCCUUCGCCAACGGGAGUUGUGCGAAUGUUUCAAAUUUUCAACCGUGGCAGCUACUUUAUUACAUGAAGACAGUGAAUUUCGUAACCAAGAUCGGCGAAAAAGUACAUUUUGACGAAAAUGGAGACCCUGUCGCAAUGUAUGACAUUGUAAACUGGCAACCAAAUGCCGUCGGUGACAUUGAAAUUGUAAAUGUUGGGCACUAUGAUGGGUCAGCUCGAUCUGGAGAAGAAUUUUCGAUAACAGAAGAGGCAAUUGUUUGGAAUGGCGAGCAGAAGUCGGUUCCUAAAGCUGUUUGCUCUGAAAGCUGUCGUCAAGGGACAAGGAAAGCAAGAAGAAAAGGACAACCCAUUUGCUGUUUUAAUUGCAUAAAAUGUGCAGAAAAUGAAAUUAGUAACAGAACUGAUUCUGUACAUUGCAUAAAAUGCCCGUUGGAAUUCAGAUCUAAUCAAAGGCAGGACCGGUGCAUUCCAAAGGAAAUCGAGUUUCUUUCGUUUUUCGAGACAUUGGGCACCAUUCUGGUGUCACUGGCGUUGUUGGGAGCCUGCGCCACUGUCGGUGUAUGCGCAAUAUUCUACAUCUAUAGACACACUCCGAUUGUUAAAGCCAAUAACUCUGAGUUAAGCUUCAUUUUACUUUUUGCCUUGACACUUUGCUUUCUGUGUUCAAUUACAUUCAUUGGUGAACCUUUAGUUUGGUCUUGUAUGCUCUGCCACGUCGCUUUUGGUAUUAGUUUCGUGCUUUGCAUCUCGUGUGUAUUGAGUAAAACGGUUGUCGUGGUGAUGGCAUUCAAAGCAAAGUUUCCUAACAAUAAUAUGAUGAAGUGGUUUGGACCAAGACAACAACGGCUGAUGGUUUACAUCCUUACCCUGGUACAAUGUGCAAUAUGUACUGCCUGGUUAAUUGCAUUUCCACCUUAUCCUUUGAAAAACACUAGUCACUUUAAUGAGAUAAUUGUGUUUGAAUGCAACGUGGGAUCUUCGUUUGUCUUCUAUUGCGUACUUGGUUAUAUUGGAUUUCUGUCCUGCGUGUGUUUCGUGGUCGCAUUUCUAGCUCGCCAACUUCCAGAUAACUUCAAUGAAGCUAAACACAUAACGUUUAGCAUGCUUAUCUUUUGUGCAGUUUGGAUAACCUUCAUUCCAGCUUACAUAAGUUCGCCAGGCAAAUAUGCUGUGGCAGUUGAAGUAUUUGCGAUUUUGGCUUCGAGCUUUGGACUACUUAUUUGUAUUUUUGUCCCAAAAUGUUAUAUUAUUCUUCUGAAGAAAGAAAACAACACAAAGAAGAACAUGAUGGGCUCAGUGUUUUCCAAGCAAAUCUUUGAAAGCGUUCGUGAAUGA